AUGUCCAUCCGCAUGGCAUCUCCCACAGCGUUGCUGCCACCAUUGCUGUAUGACUACGAUGACGGCUCGAAAGCCGUCGGUGGUAAUGCCGUCGAGUUGAGGAGGAAUCACGACAACACACCAAAAGACCCUGCCGAGCAAUCGGGCAGGCAGCUCGGGUGCCUGCCCGCAACGCCACCUAUCGCUGCUGUCCUUUACACCACGACGAGAAAUGCAUCGGGCAGAAGCAACUAG